CAGCUGCUCAGCCUGCGGAGGUCCCGGCGGCUGUGGGCAUGGCGGCGGGAGCGGCGACUGUGGGCCGGCUGCUGAGGCUCGCUGCCCCUCGGCCCGAAGGACUGUGGCGGAGGUACUUGCAUGGAGCAGCUCCGUCCACGGGCUUCCUGCGAUGCGCCUUAGUUGGCGCACGGGGAGCGCCCAGAAGGUCGGUGGCUCACUUCACAUUCCAGCCCGACCCGGAGACCCAGGAAUACGGACAAACUCAGAAAAUGAACCUUUUCCAGUCAAUAACAAGUGCCUUGGAUAACUCACUGGCCAGAGAUCCUACUGCAGUGAUAUUUGGUGAAGAUGUUGCCUUUGGUGGAGUCUUUAGAUGUACUGUUGGCUUGCGAGAUAAAUAUGGCAAGGAUAGAGUCUUUAAUACUCCAUUGUGUGAACAAGGAAUUGUUGGUUUUGGAAUUGGAAUUGCAGUCACUGGUGCUACUGCCAUUGCAGAAAUUCAGUUUGCAGAUUAUAUUUUUCCUGCUUUUGAUCAGAUUGUUAAUGAAGCUGCUAAGUAUCGCUAUCGUUCUGGGGAUCUUUUUAAUUGUGGGAGUCUCACCAUCCGGGCUCCAUGGGGAUGUGUUGGCCAUGGGGCUCUUUAUCACUCUCAGAGUCCUGAAGCUUUUUUUGCCCACUGUCCAGGUAUCAAGGUGGUUGUGCCCAGAAGCCCUUUCCAGGCCAAGGGACUUCUUUUGUCAUGCAUACAGGAUAAAAAUCCUUGUAUAUUUUUUGAACCUAAAAUACUUUACAGGGCUGCAGUGGAACAGGUUCCUGUGGAGCCCUACAACAUUCCAUUGUCCCAGGCUGAAGUCAUACAGGAAGGGAGUGAUGUUACUCUGGUUGCCUGGGGUACUCAGGUUCAUGUGAUUCGAGAGGUGGCUUCCAUGGCUCAAGAAAAGCUUGGAGUGUCAUGUGAAAUCAUCGAUUUGCGAACUAUUAUACCUUGGGAUUUGGAGACAGUUUGCAAGUCUGUGAUCAAAACAGGGAGGCUGCUAAUCAGUCAUGAAGCUCCCUUAACAGGUGGCUUUGCGUCAGAGAUCAGUUCAACAGUUCAGGAAGAAUGUUUUCUGAACCUUGAGGCUCCUAUAGCAAGAGUAUGUGGGUAUGACACACCUUUUCCUCACAUAUUUGAGCCAUUCUAUAUCCCAGACAAAUGGAAGUGCUAUGAUGCUCUAAGAAAAAUGAUCAACUAUUGACCACACAGAAACUGGAAGAUCAUGACUGACAUGGACAAAUUUUUCUGAAAUUUUUGUAUUUCCUUAAACAUAUCUCUUCUUGAAAAUAAUUUUAAGAAAUGAACUAUCUUAGGUAUUGACCGGAAAGUGAUUAGUUAGCAUUGACCCAUAUGAAUUAUUUCCAUUAAGAGUUUUAAAAAUGUUUCACAUCAUAGAUUUCUAAAUUUCAUGCUGUUACAUCUGUAAAUAUUAGGGGUUGGGAUAGUAUUCAAUAAAGCAAAACCAUAUUUCUUCA